UUAAAAUCAGAAGAAAACAAUUUUUUCACAAAACAAGAAAGUGACGUAGGAACAAAAGAUGAAGAAGUUAAAAUCGAAAAGUCCGAUCUAAAAUCAGACGAUGAUUCAAAUCAUUACGAUAAUAAUGACGAUGCAUAUUGUGAUGAUGAUGAUGAACCGUUAGCAACGAAGAAAUUCGGUAAAAAAAAUGAUAAACCAUCAUCGUUUAAAUGUCGUGUUUGUGAACAUAAUUUUUCUUCGUACGCGAAAUAUAAGAAACAUGUACGGGCAGAUCAUGAACAAAGUGUUUAUAAAUGUGAUGAAUGCAGUAAAGUGUUUAUAAUGCUUUGGCGUUUGGAAAAACAUCAAUUAACGCACGGGUUCAAUUGUAAAACGUGUUUUAAGAAGUUCGAAAAUGAGACUGAUUUGAAAAAACAUACGGAAGAACAUUCAGAUCAUGGUCGAUUUGUGUGUAAAGAUUGUGGAAAAGAGUUUAGUAAAAAAUUUAGUUUAGUUUUACAUAUGCGGGUGCAUACGGGAGAAAAACCACAUCUAUGUCCAGUUUGUGGUGUGGCUUUUGCAUGUAAGGCCAAUUUAAAUGUACAUAUGCGAAUACAUGACGGGCAAAAACCUUACCAGUGUAAUGUUUGUAAUGCUCAAUUUGCCCAGUGGUCAACGUUACGAAGUCAUCGAUCUGUACAUACAAAUGAAAAAAAUUAUAAAUGUUCAUAUUGUGAAAAAAAAUUAGCAACAAAUUCUGCGCUUCAUAAGCAUAUAUUAACACAUACGGGUGAACGAAAACAUGCUUGUUCAAUUUGUGGAAAACGUUUUAAACUUUCAUUUGAUCGAAAUCGGCAUAUGCAAAUACAUUCAGGUGAAAAAAAUUACAAAUGUUUAGAAUGUGGAAAAGCAUUCAGCCGAUCGAGUAGUUUAUCUGUACAUAGAAAGAUUCAUACAGGAGAAAAACCUCAUGUUUGUUCAAUAUGUGGACGAGAUUUUAUCCAGUUACAUGUGUUACGUUCUCAUCUGAAAACACAUAAAAAUUAAUUAUGUAUAUACCUAUUCUAAGAAGAUGAUGAGCAUAGGCACUUUAUGGAUGGAACUUUAAUAGAAAAUUUUUAAUUCGAUAUAUUCGAAGCUUAUAAAAAGUGUUCCAAUAAGAACGCCGGUUUCAAACUGUGUCAUCAAAUGAUAUUAAAAUAGAAUUAGCCGUUCGUUAGUAGACAGGUGGAGGUUAAGUACAAUAGAGUGCUACAAUACACAACAACGUAUCAUUAUGUAGAAUGAUUUUCAAAGUGGUGAAAGUUUCGCAGCCACAGUUCGAAAGAAACAGGUACAGUUAUGAACCAUCGAAAUUCUCCAAAUGAAGCCACUGUGCGCAAAUUAAUGAAAAAAUAUUAGCAAACUGGGUCUGUAAAUUUCGAAAAAACAGAAACAAGUACUCGUCUUGGUCGCUUUACUAAAAAUAUCGCAGCAGUGGGAGCUAUUGAAGAAGUGAAACUGUUGAAUUACUGCAUGAGUCAUUUGCUGGUCGUGUUAUGUCUCGUUUUGGAAAUCGGCAUUGAUUGCCCAGAUCAUACGAUUUAACACCUGUGAAUUUUUGUCUUUAGGGUUUUUUAAAGCCACAAGCCCUUAAAAAUUUCAUGAAAAAAGUACGUAUGUGCCAGCAAAGCCGAGGCGGUCAUUUGUCGAAUGUCUUAUUCCAUUCAUAACCGCAUGAUGUGUUCAUUAUUAUUCAAUAAAUGUUUCAAACCUAUGCCACAAAUAUACAGGUUUUCUUUCAAAACCGGUGUUAUUAUUGGAACACCCUUUAUUUCAAUAAAGAGACGUGUAAAAAGUGCAAUAAUCAAAAGAUUUAUUUGUAAAGUAUAUCGUUUAUAAAUCAUGGUUAUGAAAAUUGAAUCGGUUAUUAUAGUACUGUGUGAAAAAGUGCAAUAAUCAAAGAUUUAUUUGUAAAAUUAAUCUCGUAAAAGUCAUGGUCAUGAAAAUUGAAUCGGUAAUAGU